AUGGAUGCCUCCGACAAGGACAGCGCGAAGCUCUCCAAGGGCAGCGCCGAGUACCACGAGGAUGUCAACGCCAUGAAGACCAUACCGACCGCCGACCUCCCCGACCUGAUGGCUGAGGAGGUUUCCUAUGGUCGGAGCGGUCUUCGUGGUCUCAUCGAUUCGCCUUUCGUCUUCGGUGCUGCAUUCCUGGCCUCCCUCGGCGGCUUCUCUUUCGGAUACGACCAGGGCGUCAUCUCCAUUAUCAACGUUAUGCCCCAGUUCCUGAACACAUACCCCAUCCUGAACGAGGGGGGCUUCUACACCGGUCUUAUGACCGCCAUGUUGGAGCUCGGUGCCUUUCUGGGGUGUUUCUUCAUGCCCUGGCUCGCCGAUAAGAUCAGCCGCAAAUGGGCUCUGAGCGUCGUCGUCUGCAUCUUCUGCAUUGGCGCCAUCAUCCAGACCUCCGCGCCCAACUAUGGUGCUCUGGUCUUUGGCCGCUUCUUCGGAGGUAUUGGUGUCGGAACCCUGGCACUGGGUGCACCCCUCUACAUCUCGGAGAUCGCACCUCCCAACCUCCGCGGCGCUCUUCUUGUGCUCGAGUCAGUUUCCAUCGUCCUGGGAGUCGUCGUCUCGUACUGGAUCAGCUACGGCACAAAAGAGCUCGAAGGCGAGAUCGCAUUCCGCCUUCCUUUCGGCCUUCAAAUGGUUUGCGCUGUCCUCCUCGGCAUCGGAAUCCACUUCUUCCCUUACAGCCCUCGUUGGCUUGGCUUGAAGGGCCGCGAGGCAGAUUGCUUGCAGAGCUUGUCUCAGCUUCGCCGCUUGCCUCCGACCGACAACCGUGUCCAGGCCGAGUUCCAGGCCAUCAUGACCGAAGUCGAGUUCCAGAAGAAGCUCACAGAACUCCAUCACCCCGGCCUCUCUGGCUUCAAGCUUGAGAUCGCCAGCUGGUUUGACCUCUUCAAGAAGAAGAGCUGGAGGCGUACGGCUGUCGGCACUGGUGUCGCCUUCUUCCAGCAAUUUUCCGGCAUCAACGGCUUCAUCUACUACGCUCCUAUCCUUUUCCGCUCUCUGGGUCAGACCGACGAAAUGUCUCUUAUUCUCUCGGGCACGCUCAACAUCAGCCAGCUGGUCGCUGUCGUAGUCUGCUUCUUCAUUAUCGAUCGCAUCGGUAGGCGCCCGCUCGCCAUCUGGGGCGCGGUCGGCAUGGCGAUGCCGUACAUUGUCAUGAGUGUUCUGGUUGGGCUGUACUCGUCCAACUGGGCGGGUCACCAGGCGGCGGGCUGGGUGACGACGGCCAUGGCUUACGUCUACACCUUCUUCUACGGCGUCUCGUACUCGCCUUUGACUUGGGCUUUGCCCAGCGAGGUCUUCCCCAACGGUACCCGUGCCAAGGGCGUGGCUCUGUCGACGUCGGUCGUCUGGCUGGCCAACUUCAUCAUCGGCGUCAUCGUGCCCACCAUGAUCGAGAAGGCCGGCUUUGGUACCUACGUGUUCUUCGCCGGGUGGUGUAUUCUCGCUGUCGUUUGGGCUUACUACCUUGUUCCCGAGACCAAGGGCCGCACCCUCGAGCAGAUGGACGAGGUCUUCGGCGACAACUCGGCCCAGGAGGAGCGUGAGAUCAUGGCCGAAGUGGUCCGCAACGGCGGCGCGAGGAGAGCGGAUGAGCUGGUGCAGGAUGUGAAGGUGACCGGUGAAAAGCGAAGCCAGAGUUUCGUACCGUUCAGCGACGAAGCUGCGAAUCGCGUUGACUUCCCAAAAGAAUGCUGGGGAAGAGACUGGUGUCUCGGCACGACCAGCAACUGCUGUUCGGCAAACCUGCUCUCGCAAUUCAGCCUUACCCUCUCCCGCUAA